AUGGCUGAGCAGUGUCCGCUAACAUGCAAUAAAUGUAAUGGUGCAACUAAUAAUUUGGGACCAGCAAAAGUUUGUCAAGAUCUUGUCCAUCCUCGAACUGGUGUGUCGGAAUGUCCACAAAGGACAGCAUUAUGUCAAAAUCCUAUAUAUCGGCAGCUUAUGAUGCAGCAAUGCCCUAAAACAUGUGGCUAUUGUGUUUAG